CUCUUUCCUGACGAGCGCUGGCUCCCCGCCGCCGUCACGCGUCCCCGCCCUCCGCCGGCACGGGAUCCUGAGCUCGCCCCGCGCGCCGAGCCGAGCCUAGUCAAGUCGAGUCUCGCCGAUGUCCGCAGAACCGCACCAAGGCAGCAUGACCGCGCGCGGCCCAGCCCUCGGCCUCCUUCUGCUGCUGCUGUGUCCCGCUCAGGUGUUGGCACAGUCUUGCAUCUGGUAUGGAGAGUGUGGAAUUGCAUCUGGAGAUAAGAGGUACAACUGCAAAUAUUCAGGGCCACCAAAACCCUUGCCGAAGGAUGGGUAUGACUUAGUGCAGGAGCUCUGUCCAGGAUUCUUCUUUGACAAUGUCAGUCUUUGUUGCGAUGUGCAGCAGCUCCGGACACUGAAAGACAACCUGCAGCUGCCUCUACAGUUUCUGUCCAGAUGUCCAUCCUGUUUCUAUAACCUAGUGAACCUGUUUUGCGAGCUGACGUGUAGCCCUCGGCAAAGUCAGUUUCUGAAUGUUACAGCAACUGAAGAUUAUGUUGAUCCUGUUACAAACCAGACUAAAACAAAUGUAAAAGAAUUACAGUACUACAUUGGAGAGAGUUUUGCCAAUGCCAUGUACAAUGCCUGCCGGGACGUGGAGGCCCCCUCCAGUAAUGACAAAGCCCUGGGACUGCUGUGUGGGAAGGACGCCGAAGCCUGCAAUGCCACUAACUGGAUUGAGUACAUGUUCAGUAAGGACAACGGCCAGGCACCUUUCACCAUCACACCCAUUUUUUCAGAUCUUCCAACCCAUGGGAUGGAGCCCAUGAACAAUGCCACCAAGGGCUGUGACGAGUCUGUGGACGAGGUCACCGGGCCGUGCAGCUGCCAGGACUGCUCAAUUGUUUGUGGCCCAAAGCCCCAGCCCCCACCGCCUCCUGUGCCCUGGAGAAUCUUGGGCCUGGACGCCAUGUAUGUCAUCAUGUGGAUCACCUACAUGGCAUUUUUGCUUGUGUUUUUUGGAGCAUUUUUUGCUUUGUGGUGCUACAGAAAACGCUAUUUUGUCUCCGAGUACACCCCCAUUGAUAGCAACAUAGCUUUCUCUGUAAAUGCCAAUGACAGAGGAAUGGCUUGGCUCUUAACCUCCACCCUCCCUUCCUCUCCCGCUCUUCCAGGGGAGGCGUCCUGCUGCGACGCGCUUGGUGCGGCAUUUGAGGGCUGUCUGAGGCGGCUCUUCUCACAGUGGGGCUCUUUCUGCGUCCGAAACCCGGGCCCCAUCAUCUUCUUCUCCCUGGCCUUCAUUGCCGCCUGUUCUUCAGGCCUGGUGUUUGUGCGGGUCACGACCAAUCCAGUUGACCUGUGGUCAGCUCCCAGCAGCCAGGCGCGCCUCGAGAAAGAGUACUUUGACACGCACUUUGGGCCUUUCUUCCGCACGGAGCAGCUCAUCAUCCAGGCCCCCCACACCAGUGCACACACUUACCAGCCGUACCCCUCAGGAUCCGAUGUGCCCUUUGGACCUCCGCUUGACCUCGCGAUCUUGCACCAGGUUCUUGACUUACAAACUGCCAUCGAAAAUAUCACUGCAUCUUAUAACAAUGAGACCGUGACACUUCAAGACAUCUGCGUGGCCCCCCUGUCACCCUAUAACAAGAACUGCACCAUUCUGAGCGUGUUAAAUUACUUCCAGAACAGCCAUUCCAUGCUGGACCAUGAAAUAGGAGAUGACUUCUUUGUGUAUGCAGAUUACCACACGCACUUGCUAUACUGUGUACGGGCUCCUGCCUCUCUGAACGAUACCAGUUUGCUCCAUGAUCCUUGCCUGGGUACAUUCGGUGGGCCAGUGUUCCCGUGGCUUGUGUUAGGAGGCUAUGAUGAUCAAAAUUACAAUAAUGCCACAGCCCUUGUGAUUACCUUUCCUGUCAAUAAUUACUAUAAUGAUACAGAGAGGCUCCAGAAGGCCCACGUCUGGGAAAAAGAGUUUAUUAAUUUUGUGAAAAACUACAAGAAUCCAAAUCUGACCAUUUCUUUCACUACCGAGCGAAGUAUUGAAGAUGAACUAAAUCGUGAAAGUAACGGUGAUAUUUUCACUGUUAUAAUCAGCUAUGCCAUCAUGUUUCUGUACAUUUCCAUAGCCUUGGGGCACAUCAAAAGCUGUAGCAGGCUUCUAGUGGACUCUAAAAUCUCCCUCGGCAUCGCGGGGAUCCUCAUUGUGUUGAGCUCAGUGGCGUGCUCGUUGGGCAUCUUUAGCUACGUUGGGAUCCCCCUCACCCUCAUUGUGAUCGAAGUCAUCCCAUUCCUGGUGCUGGCUGUUGGGGUGGACAACAUCUUCAUUCUGGUCCAGACCUACCAGCGAGAUGAACGUCUUCAUGGAGAAACUCUGGAUCAGCAGCUGGGCAGGGUCCUAGGAGAAGUGGCUCCUAGUAUGUUCCUGUCAUCCUUUUCAGAGGCUGUAGCAUUUUUCUUAGGAGCGCUGUCAAAGAUGCCGGCUGUUCACACCUUCUCUCUGUUUGCCGGGAUGGCAGUCCUCAUCGACUUCCUUCUUCAGAUUACCUGUUUCGUGAGUCUCUUGGGGUUAGACAUUAAGCGUCAAGAGAAAAACCGUCUGGAUGUUCUUUGCUGUGUCAGAGGCUCUGAAGAUGGAACCAGUGUCCAGGCUUCAGAGAGCUGCUUGUUUCGGCUCUUCAAGCACUCCUAUUCUCCACUUCUGCUUAAGGACUGGAUGAGACCAAUUGUGAUAGCAAUAUUUGUGGGUGUCCUGUCAUUCAGUGUUGCAGUCCUGAACAAAGUGGAAAUCGGACUGGAUCAGUCUCUUUCAAUGCCAGAUGACUCCUACGUGAUGGAUUAUUUCAAGUCCCUCAAAUACCUGCAUGCAGGUCCACCUGUGUACUUUGUCCUGGAGGAAGGGCAUGACUACACCUCUCUGAAAGGGCAGAACAUGGUGUGCGGAGGCAUGGGCUGCAAUAACGACUCCCUGGUGCAGCAGAUAUUCAACGCGGCCCAGCUAGACAGCUAUACCCGAAUAGGCUUUGCUCCCUCUUCCUGGAUCGACGAUUACUUUGAUUGGGUCAAGCCUCAGUCUUCUUGCUGUAGAGUCUACAACAGCACCGAUCGGUUCUGCAAUGCUUCAGUGGUUGACCCUGCCUGCAUCCGCUGCAGGCCCCUCACCCAGGAGGGCAAACAGAGGCCUCAAGGUGGAGACUUCAUGAGAUUCCUGCCCAUGUUCCUUUCUGAUAACCCGAACCCCAAGUGCGGCAAAGGGGGACAUGCUGCUUACAGUUCGGCAGUUAACAUCCUCGGCAAUGACACGGGUGUCGGAGCCACUUACUUCAUGACCUACCACACCGUGCUUCAGACGUCUGCUGACUUUACUGACGCCAUGAGAAAAGCCAACCUCAUCGCCAGUAACAUCACCAAAACCAUGGGCCUUGAAGGAAGUAAUUACCGUGUGUUCCCAUACAGUGUGUUCUAUGUCUUCUACGAACAGUACCUGACCAUUAUUGAUGACACGAUCUUUAACCUCAGCGUGUCCCUGGGAGCCAUCUUCUUGGUGACCGUGAUUCUCCUGGGCUGUGAUCUGUGGUCUGCAGUGAUCAUGUGUAUCACCAUCGCUAUGAUCUUGGUCAACAUGUUUGGCGUCAUGUGGCUGUGGGGCAUCAGUCUGAAUGCAGUUUCCUUGGUCAACUUGGUUAUGAGCUGUGGCAUUUCCGUGGAGUUCUGCAGCCACAUAACGAGAGCAUUCACAGUGAGCAUGAAGGGCAGCCGUGCACAACGGGCAGAAGAGGCGCUCGCUCACAUGGGCAGUUCUGUGUUCAGUGGAAUCACACUAACAAAAUUUGGAGGGAUUGUGGUAUUGGCCUUUGCCAAAUCUCAGAUUUUCCAGAUAUUUUACUUCAGGAUGUAUUUGGCUAUGGUCUUACUGGGAGCCACCCACGGCUUGAUCUUCCUCCCGGUCUUACUCAGCUACAUAGGCCCAUCAAUAAAUAAAGCCAAAAGCUUGGCCACUCAAGAGCAAUACAAAGGUACAGAGCGAGAACAACUCCUAAAUUUCUAGCCCUCUUGCGAGGUCGGGGGACUCUGAACUGUGUCUGUGGGUCGCUCAGCCUACCGCUCACUGGACAGUGGCUGCACCGUCGAGGCCGAGUUGGACACCGGACGGUACCAGACAUCAGGCUACUUAGCAGCAGCAGCUUCGGCCAUAGUGCUUUUAAACUCAGGAAUGCAAAUGUGAUGCGUGAAUCGGAAGCAUUACGGAAUCGGAAGGCAGCCCCGGGACGCUGCAGGGCCUUCCAGUUCUCCACGAACCAAACCUAACUCUUGGGCAGGCGGAAGGUGACACUAGCAUGGCUGAGUGGGAUCUGCUCCCUGACACUUUUUAAAGGCCAAUCAAUGCAAUGUUUUUCCUUCUGUUUGGGAGUAAGCCAUCACACAGAUUCUAUACCGUAUUUUUAGUAACAUUUGAGGAUGGUGUAGAUACACUUUACUAUAACAUUUUGUAGUUUAAAGAGCUUUAUUAAUGCAAUAAAUUAACUUUGUACACAUUUUUAUAUAUAUAUAAAAAAACUAGCAAGUGAUUUCAGAAAGUCGUAGGCCUCAUGAGAGCUUGGUCUCCAAAAACCUGCUUGAAAAAAGCAACGUGUUCUUCACAGUGUUCUCCUAUAAAAGAAAUGCAGAUUUAAUCAGAUGUGGCACAAAAGGGAAAAGAGAAUGAAGACUUCACAGCUCAUAGAUACAUAUGCUGGGUUUUAACUUAUUUUUCUUUCAUAAAAUACUUUGUUUUCCUAA